CUUAUGCCUGUCGCUUUUGUUUUGAAGUCACACCGGAAGUUCAAGCUGCGGUCUCCGGUCUUCUGGCAGCUGUCUGGAUGUCCAUCCCGUGGAGGAGGACGUAGUUUAAAGGGCACCAUGAUGUCCAUCAGGAGGACCUUGUUUCUUGGAAGACGCCCGUCAGGAGGCCAUCAGACCGGCUCGUCCUCCUCCUCCUCCUCCUCCUUCUCCUUCUCCUCCACCGGAGGGCAGGUCCUGCGGUCCCGGUCCACCGACGUGUUCCUGAACCUGGCUCUGGAGGACUGGAUCGACGCCCACGUGGACCUGGAGCGCCGCGGCCUCCUGCUGCUGUGGAGCAACCGCCCGGCCGUGGUCAUCGGGCGCCACCAGAACCCGUGGAGCGAGUGCCACCUGGCGGCCAUGAGGAGGGCGGGCGUCCCCCUGGCCCGCCGGCGGAGCGGCGGCGGCGCCGUGUUCCACGACCUCGGGAACCUCAACCUGACCUUCUUCUCCUCCAAGAAGGCCUACGACCGCCGCAGGAACCUGGAGGUCGUCACGGGCGCCCUGCGGCGCGUGCGGCCGCAGCUCGCCGUGAGCGCCACGGAGCGCUUCGACAUCCUGCUCAACGGGCACUUCAAGAUCUCAGGAAGUGCGUCCCGCCUGAGCAGGAAGUCGUCGUACCACCACUGCACCCUGCUGCACUCCACCGACCGCGCCGCCCUCGCCGCCGUGCUCCGCCCCUCGUGUCCCGGUAUCCAUAGCAACGCCACGCCCAGCGUCCCCUCGCCCGUCGCCAACCUGCGGGACCACGCCCCCACGCUGGAGUGGGAGGAGCUUCUGGACGCACUGGCGCACCAAUACAAUGCAGAGUUCGGCUGCGGCGCCUCCCACCCGGCCUCCACGCUCGUGGACCCGGCGGACGAGUCGGCGUUCCCCGGCGUCGCCAGGGCGGCGGAGGAGCUCCGCGGCUGGGACUGGACGUUCGGCCGCACGCCGCGGUUCGGCGUGCGGACCGCGCUGCCGCUGGAGGGCGCGCGGUCGGCGCGGCUGCACGCGGAGGUGAAGGGAGGCGUGCUGGAGAGCUGCGAGCUGGACGUGCCCGUGGAGUGGCUCCCCGCGCGGCUGAGCGGCGAGCUGAGCGGCGCGCUGGUCGGCGGCAGGUUCUGCCCCCACCGCGCGGCCGCGGCCUUCAGCGAACUGAUGCGGACGGAGAGCGGCGAGCGGCGGCGCCGCCUGCGCCACCUCUGUGACGCGGUGGUGUCCGUGAUGGGAUGAAGCGCCGGUGCCCCCAGAGGCCGCGGAGGUCAUUACAGGCAAACAGGCAAUUAAUAAACGUGUGGAUUUCAUGGUAUUACAUAUACAAUAUUUAAUUUGUUAACAUUGUGUUAUUUAUUGUCACACGCAACAACAUUUACAUCAGUUAGAUACAGAUUAUUAUAUAAUAUAAGAAUUAUUGAUGUGCAAAGUGUGAAUUAAAAACAUUAAAUAUCAGGUAAACAGAGAAAAUAGAGGGAUAUUUAUUGAAAGGAAGUUACAGUAUUGUUUAAUAUAAAUAUGGAAUAAUGUGGCCUUAAUUACAGUGAAAAAAAUAUUCUCAAAUUAAAUUAAUAAAUACAUUUAAAACAUGGAAACUUUAGCAGUGACCUUUCAAAUAAAUGUAUUUGUAUGAAUGUAUGAUUUAUACAUUAAAGUAAUUCGAGUGAU